UACAUGUAAAAUAGAAAAACGAAAAACAAUAGGAAGGUAAAAAGAAAGAGAGAGAGAGUCUGAAGGUGGGAGAUGAUGGAAUAUGUCGGCCAACUUUGGAUUAGCUUAAAGGUAGAUCAACGUGGCGGCCGUGGCCAUACGACAGAGUAGAAGCCAACAUAACUAUGGAAGGAGAUGAGUGUUGUUCGAGUAAUAGUAUUAUUUCUACUACUACUACUACAAAGCGGAAGUAUGUAAUUAAAAGACAAGAAGAAGAAGAAGAUAGCCAUAAUAAUAAUCAUCAACAUCAUCGUCAUCAUCAUCAUCAACAUCACCUUCUUGACCAGCACAACGAAACGGCGUCGGAUGAUGAUCAGAAGAGCCGACCGUACAGAGGAAUAAGGAUGAGAAAGUGGGGGAAGUGGGUGGCAGAGAUUAGGGAGCCAAACAAGAGGUCUCGGAUUUGGCUCGGCUCCUACACAACCCCAAUAGCAGCGGCACGCGCUUACGACACCGCCGUGUUCUACCUCAGAGGAGCCUCGGCUCGGCUAAACUUCCCGGACCUCAUACUGCAAGAAGACCUUCACCUAGCCGAUAUGUCCGCCGCUUCCAUACGCAAACGCGCCACCGAAAUCGGCGCCAAGGUCGACGCUUCCCAACAAAAAACCGCCCAAGCUGAUAAUCCAUCCUUGAUCACGUCAUCACCAUCUAAUAAUAAUAAUAAGUCGUUUAAGGCCGACCUAAACCAGUACCCGGACCCCGAUGAUUCCGAUGAACAAGAUCAUUGAAACAAACAUACUAGUUAGUUAACUACUCAGAUUCUCCCAGUCAAGUAGAUAGGUACAGCCCGAUAGAUCAUGAUGUUUCCAUAUAGAUAUAAUUAACUAUUUCCUUUUUUUUCUUCAUCUUUUUGGUUUGGAAGUUUUGUUUUCUGUUGAUAUAUUAUAUUUUGCUUUAGUAUUACUGGUUUUGGAGUGUGGUCGACCAAUAACGGAGUCAAAUGAAUUCUGUUAGGUUAGUUGAAGCUUCUUGAUUGUACGUGCUUGCAACAAGCAAAUAGCGGCUAGCGACAGAAACGUCUGGUCCAAUUCAACUAACCGUAUGUGUUCCUUAUAAGUAGCUAAGAGUUGUCGAUCAAUCCAAUUAAUUUUGUUAUUCUCCAUAUAUAUAUAUAUGUGCCAUUAAUGUAUUUAUCUGGUCAUUUUUCAAA